CAAAAACGUAAAUACAAUCGUGCACUCCAACACGAACAAAUAAAAAUUCAGCGAUUGCCAAAACCUCAAAAAAUAGUAUUUGAUCGACGAAUUGUAUUGCAAUUAAUUUCCCCUCAAUUAGCUAAUCAAGAGUGAAACAACAUGGAUGAGGCUGAUGUCCUGGGCUUUACCAAGCACACAGCAAUGAUUCUGGAGGGUCUCAACGCACACCAUUUAAUUCCAGAGUUUAAAAGACGAAGUAUUCCAACAGAUGCUCUUGCAGAAUUAUCAAAAGAUGAUCUGCUGGUGCUUGGAGCUAGUGAGGAGUUGGCUGAGAAAUUGCAGAAGCAGUUCAAGUCCAGAAUCAGGAAGAUUGAGUCUGUUCGGAGCCACGAGGAAGAGACAAUUGGAAAACUGUUGGAUACCUUGAAAAUGGGAAGACAACAAUUGUAUCUCAUCGACACCUUUCUGUUAUAUUCACACAGAAGAUUGAUGGAAUCAUCAGAAGAUUAUCUAAUUGACAAUAACCUUAAUCAACGUGCUAGUGGGGCACUUGUUAUGGCAAUCAACAGUACUCUAGAGGAUGUGAAACGACUGGAAAGUCAGUAUAGAGAAUUAUCAUCGUUUAUUAACGAGAAAUCAGAUGUUACAUCGACAAAAGCCAUCAAAGGUUCGGUACUAACUACUGUGGCUGUGCUGACCUGCCUCAUAUUUACCUGGAAAAUCUUUUGUAAAUCUACAUAAUAUUUUAAUUAAAAAAUUAUAGAGUACUGUGCUCCUCACAAAACACAGUGGUUUCAGUUUCUCAUUUAGUCGUGAUUAUAGGAGCCCCCAAAUAAAUAAGAAAGGUUUCGAUUAAUAAAAAACACAAUUGAACGAUUUUUUUUAUUAC